AUGGACACCUGUGCCUCCGCCAAGGUACCUAUGGGCUUCAGACAUAAGAUUUUUGCCAACCCUUCGAGUGUUUCUGUUGAUGAAAAGAAGUAUCGUGGAAUGAUUGGAUCCCUAUUCUAUCUCACAGCAAGUCAUCCAGAUAUUAUGUUCUCAACAUGUUUAUGUGCCAGAUUUCAAGUCAACCCAAAGAUGUCUCAUCUUUUGGCUGUGAAGCAAAUAUUCUGUUACCUCAAAGGUACAAAGAGUCUCAAAAUCUGGUAUCCAGCAAAUGAGAGCUUCCUACUGCAAGCUUACUCUGAUUCAAACUAUGGUGGUCUUCAACUCGAUAGAAAUAGCACUUCAGGUGGCUGUCAAUUCUUAGGUGGUCGUUUGGUCAGUUGGUCAUCCAAGAAUCAGAACUGCAUGACACUCUCUUCAGCCGAAGCUGAAUACAUUGGUGCUGCCAGCUCUGUACAGUUCAUCAUGAUCGUUUGCCAUUUUAAGUCCACAUUGGUUUUAGAAUCAUCAUCUCGGAAUAUACCUCAUGAUUGGAUCCGAAAUUCUACUCCGGAAAGGAUAUAA